CAAAGCCAGCGUAGAAAGCGUUACAGUUUUUGGUCCUAUCCUUAUAGAUGAGACGCCACCUAUUUGUAACAGUGUUCCAAAGGUUGAUGUUCUCGAAGAAGAUAUACUUGUUGGUUGGACAAACGACACUUUCUACGACAUCGAACAGACAGAACAAAUCAGCUCAAUAUACUUUGAGAUAGGUCAUGACAGCAUCUCGGUCACACCUUUAUUACAGUGGAACCUCGAAAUGUCGUUACCGUGCCCUCAUUUCAGCGGUGAAUGUUUCAAAUACCCUAUUAGAAGGCUACAAAUACAUGACAAUGACAUUGGUUUAUCAUUUUACAUUCAUAUGCAUGUGUAUAAUAAUGCUGGACAUGUCCUGACUGUAACAACCGACACAUUUAGAAUACCUUCACGAUAUCCACCAGGCCAUGCUGUAGUAAUUGACAGUGAUCCAGAACGUAGGUAUAUCAAAGAAGAUACCAACGUACAUUUCACACCAAAUACAUUAUGUUUUAGAUGGACUGGAUUCAAACAUCACGAAUCAGUUAAAAUUGAAGUAGGCGUUGGGUCCAGCAACUCGACAAAUAACAUUGUUCCGUAUUCAGUUCUAAACCGCACUGAGAGUUUUCACUGUUUACAUUCUUCAAACAUAACAUUUCAAAAAACUUACUUUGCAUUCGUAAAAGCCGCUUGUUCCGGUGGUGAAACUACGUCAGUGUCAAAUGGUGUUAUCGUGUUAGACAAGAAUAUGCUUAUGAAAUCGUUGAAUGUACGUUUAGGAGAGCAAUGCUCGUCAACCGGCGUCAUAAAGCCAGCGUUUAGAAAUUCAACAGCUGCAAAUCUGUCUGUUAUAUUUUCGGCUGAUGUUGGCAAACGAUACGAGCUCUUUUUUCCUUCAAGUAACAUUGAUUCUGUGUAUACAAAUGACGGUAUCAUCUUCACGGACACGACUGACAAUUUCUCGCUUUCUUUUGUGCCUUUCAUUAAAACUCCGGUUCUAUACAUCAGUUCAAACGGCGAUGUUAUCAAUAAGGAAAGUCAAAUACAUAUCCAAAUGUGUCCAUCAGCAUUAUAUGUUGGUAAAAAUGAUAUUAUCUCUGCAUACUGGUUCUAUGUAGAUAACGAAGAUCACAGUUUAAGAUUUGAAUCUGCUAUUGUUUACGCGAAACACAAGAUAGGAAAUAAUUCUCAAGUACACCUCACACAAUAUGAAUCUUCAUCAAAUAUAAUGAAACACACAUUCGCCGAUAUAAAUCUGAGAGCAAAAGAGUGUUAUAAUGUGGCCGUAAAGCAAUGUUCUAAUGCACAAUGUCUCGAGCCAGUGCUCUCAAGGUUGUUUUGCGUUGCCAAUUCUCCAGAAGCACGUAAUUUUCACGUGUCCAAUCUAGAAAAGGUUGUUGGUGCAUCUUGUACCACGAUAAAAUUGGAGUGGGAUGCCUUUCGAAGUGACAACAGGGUUCUGUUCUAUCAGUGGGUCGUAAGUCAGGAUAAUGCAGCAAAUCACAUUCUCACUGAAUGGAAUACAAUAAGAGCUAAUGACUCGGAAAUAUAUCAGGUUCAUUCAUGUAUUGAAAUACCAGUACAUCUACAUUCAACGAUGUUUGGCUGUGUUAGAGCUCUCGACGAGGCUGGUAACGAAGGCUUUGCCUGUCAAGGUCUUGACAGCACACUAAGUGGAGAAUACAAACCUGGCACAGUUUAUGAAUUUGAUGCAAACACGAAGGCUUGGGAAAAUGUUAAAAAGGUAGUUCAAAGCUCAAAUAUUGGACAUCUUUACACCGUUCUACACAACAACGAAUUAGAUUUCGGGACGAAAGAAACGCAAGUUAUGGGAGUCAUUCUGUAUGCGUCAGAGCGAAAUGUCACCUGGUAUCUAAUGGUAAAAAAUCAUGCACCCGAAAGAUGUGAGCUAAACGAAGAUUGCAUUGCGUCAAAAACAACCGAUACCGGCUAUGUCUCUUUUGAUCGAAAGUUUAUAGCACUUAAUACAUUUUACUACAUAUGUGCAUAUUCCAAUAAGACAAUUAUAGAAAGGGAGUUGUUUUUAGAAACUCUAAACGAAAUCAAAUCAUGCAGUAAUGGCUUUGUGCUUGAUAGCAAAGCUCCACGCGCUGGACACGUAGAAGUUCGUAAUACUGAUAAUUUUCUGACAAAUCUCAAUUCCAUUGAACUGGUCUGGGAUGGUUUCGUAGACGACAUAGAUGCUCCAAACCUCAGCUAUGUAGACAGCAUACGAACUUACAGUUAUGCUAUUGGAAGUCGCCCACAUGGGGAAGACAUAAAGACUUUUACGAAUGUUGGACUCAGGACAAGUGUGGUUAUCAAUGGCAUAAACUUACCUGGUGGAUCAAUUAUCUACUUCACUGUCAGAGCCAGAGACCACGCUGGCAACUCUGCAACAUCAGUAUCAAAUGCAUAUAUUGUUGACAUUUCAUCUCCUACACGCGGCCAGGUACAAGCUGUGAGUUACGAUUUGUACAAUGGCAAUAUUUUGUACGUAUCCAAAGAUGAGAUAGCAGUUCAUUUAUCAGACUUUAAGGACGACGAAAGCGGCAUAGAUUAUUUCGAACUUUGGCUUGGAUCUAAACCUUACCUUAUGGACAUCCUGCCAAAAUCGAUUUACCAUGAUGUGAUAAUUGAUCUAAAUUUGAUCGGUACAGACAUAACAGAUGGACACAUAUACUAUAUAGCUGCAAAGGCUGUCAACAGAGCUGGACUUGCAUCUGAAAUUGCAACUUUGAAGUUCAUUGCUGACAAGACGCCUCCGACUGGUGUGCACGUCUUGGAUGGACUUUGGGAAAAUGAGGUUUUCUUGUUUUAUUUUUUAAUGAUAAAUACUGUUUCGUUUACUUUAUUUACUGUGGUGAAACGAUCAAUUUUCCGUAAAGAUAAUAAAAAAUGUUUUAUUCUACUUGGAUUUUAGCAAAACGUGAUGUUUAUAUCGCAAGGUUCUAUAUUUCAAAAUGAAAUUGUAUGUUGUGGU